UUGCAAGUUCUAUCGUUGUCUAAAGCUCACUUUUAUCAGGAAACCUUUACUAUCGCAUUUCUGUAAAUCAGUUGUGUGUCAAAGUCAUCAACAUCCAUCGUAUUACGGUUCGUGCAUCCUCAGCCAACUCAGAACAAUGGGGUCGAGCAAUCGGCCCUUAUCAUCAUGGCUGUCACUUGUUACUCUAAUUGCUACUCUGGCUGUUGUGAGCCAAUGCGUCGAGAUGCUGGAGGUGGAUGCGCAUGCGUCGUUGACCUUCUGCGAGAUUCAUGUACUUCCUCGAGGAUACGAUUGCGAAGAGCAUGAGGUAUAUUCGGAGGAUGGUUACAUGCUUCGUCUGCAUCGGGUUAUACCUCGGGCCAGCCUGGAAAAGUCUGUGUGGGAAUGGCUGGAGCCGGAGCUCCGACAUAAGCACAAGCACAAGGGGCCCUUCCCUGGGUUCAAGAAACCACGGCCAGCUCCUGAGGCGGUACCCUCGUACACAAGUCCUAGCAGCAGCUCAGAAAGUCCACCAUCUCCAAGUCCUCCUCCUUCGUCCUUCUCGCCUCCAGGUGAAGGCACACAUGGAGGACCAUCUCCACCGUCGUCCUCCUACUCUCCACCUGGUGGAUAUGGAGGUCCCAGUCCUUCGUCCUCCUCCUCGCCUCCAAGUGAAGGAGCAUACGGAGGACCAUCUCCGCCGUCGUCCUCCUACUCUCCACCUGGUGGAUAUGGAGGUCCCAGUCCUUCGUCCUCCUCCUCGCCUCCAAGUGAAGGAGCAUACGGAGGACAAUCUCCGCCGUCGUCCUCCUACUCUCCACCUGGUGGAUAUGGAGGUCCCAGUCCGUCGUCCUCCUCCUCGCCUCCAAGUGAAGGAGCAUACGGAGGACCAUCUCCGCCGUCGUCCUCCUACUCUCCACCUGGUGGAUAUGGAGGUCCCAGUCCUUCGUCCUCCUCCUCGCCUCCAAGUGAAGGAGCAUACGGAGGACCAUCUCCGCCGUCGUCCUCCUACUCUCCACCUGGUGGAUAUGGAGGUCCCACUCCUUCUGCCUUCUCCCCACCAGGCGCAAGCACAUAUGGAGGAUCGAACUCAGCUCCAUCGUCUUACUCUCCCCCGGCAGCCGCUGGAUAUGGGGCACCCAGUCCCGCCGGUUCUAGGAACUCACCACCAAGUGCCGCAAUAGGAGGAGUAUCUCCACCUCCCACGUCCUUCAACCCUCCUCCUGCCUCUGGCGGAUAUGGAGCACCGAGUCCUCCUGAUACGGAGUCACACGGAGGAGUAUCCACGCCGCCUCCUUCUUACUCUCCUCCCACUCCUUCAGAAUCGAACUCUCCACCAGGUGCAGGGAAUUACGGAGAGGGAUCGUCAGGACCAUCAACAUCUGCUAUCUCCCCACCACCUGCUGGAUCCGGAUACGGAGGCUCGCCACCAUCGUCAACGAGCUCCCCACCGAAUGGGUCAGGAGGAUCUACUUCCAGUUCCAGUGCUGAAUGUACACCUGGCUUGUCCUCGCCAAACAUUGCAAGGAGGGGACUUACUAGCAGCAAUGGCCGAGAGCAACCUCGGACUCCAACCCGAAAUGCAGAACUCGUCGACGGGGAGCCGGUUCUGCUCAUGCACCACGAGCUUCUCAACGGGGGCAGCUGGUUCACGCCCGUGGCCUCCGAGAACGACACUGUGCUCCCCCUCAAGCUCGUGGAUCAGGGCUUCGAUGUGUGGAUCGGUCACGAGCGGGCGACGCUCUGGAGCCACGAGCAUCGGAAGCUUACUCCCAACGAUGCUGCGUACUGGAACUGGACUUGGGAUCAGCACGUAGAGCACGACGUUCCGAAGCUGCUGGCAUACAUCAGCGACGAGACUGGCUCCAGAGUGCAUUACGUGGGCGUCUCUCUGAGCGCUGCAGUCGGGGCAGCCGCAGCCACGAACGCGGGCGUCGCCAGUCUCAUGAAAACUCUGACUCUGAUAGCUCCCGCCUUCUAUCGGGGGAAGACUACUUCAGAGUUCCUGCAAGCCUGGGAUCCUAUUCUACUUCGCUCGGCCUUAGGCACAAGCGACGACGAAUGGCACGACAACAGGCUCGGUGCGUUCAACAUUACGAGGGAGUUUCAUCUAGAUGCCAUUCCAUUGAACGGCCCCGCUUCUCGUUUGCCGUUCGCCAUCUCGGGCCCCGAUUGUUGCCUGGGUCCGAGUGUGCUCUCGCUCGCCAACGGAUGGGAUGGAGUGACGUCGUACAAGAAUCUCGAGCACCUCCAUCAGGGAAUCUCGACGAAUACCUUUCAGCACUUCGACUACGGGUCCGCAGCCUUCAAUGCGCUGGCAUACGAGGGCAAAACCGACCCUCCGACUUACGAGCCAAAAGAUAUUCCCAGCGACCUUCCGAUGUUGGUGGUCUACGGAGGGCAGGAUUUAUACUCGCCUCCCGAAGGUGCGCUGGAAUUCAUGAGCUUGACACAGACUAUGCCCCAGUCAGUGUACCUGCCUCACUACGCACAUUUCGACCUAUCUAUGAGCCUGCACCGAGCGGACGAUGUGUAUGGGCCGAUCACAGCCUUUCUUCAAGACCAAUCCGGACCUGAAGAACCUUACUACUGAUAAUGUUACCAAUGUAUCGAUAGUACGAUAGCGAUAGUAGAUAUAUCAAUCAGCAGCAGCUAGUGCCAGAAGCGUCAUGCCUUCAUGGAAUUGGACGAUUAGUCCCAUGAGUAGUGAAUAGCUCUAGAUAGUGGUUUAUAGUACUAUGGGCAGCAGCUUCAGCUGUUUCCCAUACGAUAUACAAGUGGAGAUAGCUACAAUCUCCUGAGUACAAUUUACUAGGACGAUCACCACCUUUCUUCAAGACCAAAAAGGAUAUUAGACCAGUGCGGAUUUGAAGAACCCUACUACUCAUCAUGAAACUUAUCAAUCGUUAGUGCCGGUAGUAGGAAGUGAUAAUAGAAAUAUCAAUCAGCAGCUGUUGUUGUAGAGGUUUAUGCCUUCAAUCGUACUAUUAGUCCCAGUAGUCUAUAGAGGUAUAGAUAUCUCAAUAUGCAGGAUCAGCUGUUGCUCAUAUGUUUGUUAUUCAUGCGGAGAUAGCCAUAAUUGACUCAGUCCUUGACGUAGAAUCAACUGUUACGGGUUAUGUACCAAUUCACCUUGGAGGGUCUAUCCAUUCAGAACCUGGGAACAAGUCACUUGUGCACUCGUCUCUCGAACAUUUAUAAAUCAAUAAAAAAUUUCCAGCAUCUAUU